AUGAAUUAUUCCACGGAUCUCUCUCCGCGACAGCAACAGCACCAGAGCAAGCGGGAGGGCGACAUCUCCGACACCUUUGCAUCGCUGCUGGGCAAGGAGGCCGAGCCCCUGCCCGACCGCUUCCGCGAGCUCAAGCUGCAGCUGGUACGCGGCCACGAAGAAGCCGUUAUGGCUAGCUGGCGCCGUCUCCUCCCGAUCCUCCGGCGCGAGAACGACAUUGUCGCGCGCCGCGGGUCGGCCGUCAUACCCGACGUGCAGUUCAGCCCCGACCUGCACCGUAACCUGCGAGGCCCAGUUGGGGACGAGAUCAGGAAGCGCGGCGCCGCUGUCAUCAGGGGCGUGGUUCCCGAGGACGAGGCCCGCGCGUACAAGUUCGAGAUCGAGGACUACGUCAGGCGCAAUCCGCAGACAAGAGGAUUUCCCGCGGACAACCCCCAGGUCAUCGAGCUGUACUGGUCGGCACCGCAGCUACGCGCUAGAUCACACCCGGCAGUCCUGGAGACGCAGCGAGCGCUCAUGGCCGCCCUGUGGAACACCUCGGAUCCGGACGCGCCCGUCUCGCUGCACACGCCGCUGUCGUACGCGGACCGCCUUCGCAUCCGCCAGCCAGGCGACGCCAAGUUCGCGCUCGGUCCCCACCAAGACGGCGGCAGUGUCGAGCGGUGGGGGACUGACGGAUAUGGCCGUGGCGGGGCCUACGACGCCGUGUUCCGCGGUGAGUGGGAGUCGUACGAUCCCUUCGAUGCCCGGGGCCGCGUGACAGCCGUGACCGAUCUGCACAACGGCCUAGGCGCCUGUAGUAUGUUCCGCAUGUUCCAGGGGUGGCUAGCCAUGAGCCGCUCCGGCCCCGGGCAGGGCACCCUGCAGGUGAAUCCGCUGGUGCGCGAGAACACGGUCUACUCGCUGCUGCGUCCCUUCUUCCGUCCGCUGAAGUCGCUCGGAGAGCUGGGCAGCAGAGACCGCUUACUCGAUGCGGACAACUGGGAGUUCACGGCCGGCGAGAGCAUGCAGAGUGAUCUCCAGGGCGCAACCCCCGGCCACGCCCAGGAGUUUCCCGAAGGCUUGCAUCCGCAUCUGGAGCUAGAGAGGACCAUGGUGAACAUUCCUGACGUACGGCCCGGGGACUACGUGGUGUGGCAUUGCGACACUAUCCACGCUGUCGACAAGACGCACAGCGGCACCUCGGACUCGAGCGUCCUUUACAUUCCCGUCUGCCCCACAACCGAGGCGAGCGCGCAAUACGUGGCGCGUCAGCGGGACGCCUUUCUCAACGGCACGCCCGCUCCAGACUUUCCUGGCGGUAAGGGCGAGUCGGAGCAUGUCGGGAGGCCGACGGCGGAAUAUCUUUCGACCUGCUCUGGCUCAGCUGGCCUGCAGUCAGUCGGGCUCGAACAGCUUGCUGCUGCGGAGGAUGACACUCGAGGCGGCAAGGAGGCAGUCAGGCUCGCUAACGCGGUGCUUGGAUUUUGA